GACUCUCUCUCUCUCUCGCUCUCUCCUCUGUGCUGCUAUUCUGGGAAGUGGCGUUUGGAAUAACCCCCGCGUGCGUACUGGUGAGCGUGCGUGUGUAUGUGUCUCCUGGUUUCACCCUGACACACGCGCACGUCCACACUCACAGCCCCGUCAGACGCACACAUUAGCUGCCUGCCUGCCUGUCUGACUGCAGCAGCGGAGCUCUGAAAGGAUUCCUUCCAUUUUUACGCGCAACUUUUUCCUCCUCCGCGCCGCGUCCUCUCCUCCGCGCUCUCCUCGGCUGUUGUGGAUUUCUAGCGACCUCCUGAAGCUCCUGCGCUCCUUCUGACGGACAGUCGGAGAGGUGUCAAGCCCUGCCGGAGUCGGAUCUCCUGUCAGCUUGUUGUCAUUUCGGCUUGGGGGACGGAGGCGCGCAGACGGAAGGGACUGGAGGACCAGUUGAUGGACUUGUUAAGCUGGACCAGGGGACAAACAGCUGCACCAGGAUGGCCACAUGAGGACACUUCCUGUCAGGACUCCAGCUGAAACCAAACCGAGCACGUGCAGACUGACAGAUGACAUGGAGCGGACAUCUCUCUGGUGUCUCCAGGAUAUUCCAAGGCUAGAGAAGAGGAGACUGGACUGGUGGAGGAUGAGUUAGAGAGCAGCGAUAGAGAUGCAGGGAUCAGGGAGAAGGAAGUCCAGGGUCUGAUGGAGAGAAAACUGGAUGACUAUUGAAGCUACACAAGAAGGAUCUACAAGCACUUUCUAAAAAUAUCACUCAAGGAUUCUUCUUCAUCGUAUGAACUGGACAGAAGCCCCUCCCACAGCAUCAUCAGCGUGUUUACAAACUCAGACGAGAGCAGAAAACUUUCUGAUGUCAUCCACUGAAGCAUUUCCACUUCCUGAUUCCUGUUUCCAGGCUGGCUUUACCAGAAGUCUAUUUCAGCGAUGGAUGGGUACUUCCUGCUUCUGUGAGAUUGUUGGCAGCCCUCGAAGGUUCAGCUAUCAUGCCUGCUAGAUUUGGGACCUUGUAACCUUCCAGAACCUACCUUCCCACUCCCCCACCAUCCCUACCAUACUUCCUCUUCUAACCCGCAGAAGAGCUUUGCAGAAAUGGAAGCUCGUGAAUCAGCCGCCGCUGGCCAGAAAUGCUCAAAUAAGGAGCCGGUGAAGGAGAAGACGCCUCUGCAAAGGAAGUGGGCGUCUGAGCCCUCUGCAAGCACCAAACAAAGCACUUUUGCUGACCCAGAGGUGAAACACAGAGAGAGUUUGCCGUGUGGCGCCACCGGGGGGUCAGCACCUCAGCAGAAGUAUGCAUUUACAGGGAAUUCUGGGAAGCUGCUAUCUGGACCCUCUGCAGUAGGAGCCAUAGGAGGCCCGCCAUCUCAAGACCCUAAGGGGCCAUUCGCUCAGGGGUUCCCACGGGGGUAUUCCUACCAGCUAGGCCAACCGUAUCCUCAGCACCCCCAGACUGAGCGCUUCCUAUCAGGAGCCAAACCUCAGCCAGGUCUAGAGCCUCACGCCUGGCCGUUUGCUGGCCAGUUGCCAUCAGAUGACCUGUACCCUGUAGGACACCCAGGACAGACCCAUGCUCAUGGGGCGGGGGCAGGGAGGUUUCCCCGGCAGAAAUCUCCCAGCUUACCCAGCUCCUUCAGACAGUAUUCUCAGUCGGGCUCUGAGCCCGGCGACGAGGGUUACAGCAAAAAAGAUCAGAAGCCAAAAAAGCCCGGUAAGUAUAUCUGCCACUACUGCGGCCGAGCGUGCGCCAAGCCCAGCGUCCUGAAGAAGCACAUCCGCUCACACACGGGAGAGAGGCCGUAUCCUUGUGUUCCCUGCGGCUUUUCAUUCAAAACCAAGAGCAACCUAUACAAGCAUCGAAAGUCCCACGCUCACGCCAUCAAGGCUGGACUCGUGCCCUUUUCAGAGCUAGCCGUGGCCCGCAGCGGGGACGUGGACCAGGCCUCCCCGUCGGGCGAGGCCGAGGUCCACUCGGACGGGGAGCAGAGCACGGACACGGACGAGGAAGGCGUGGAGGGCUCCACCAUGCUCAUGGACAAAGACAGCCCCAUCCCGCAGAUCUCCUUUGAAGCUGACAAGAGUACAGGUGGUGUUGAACCAGCGUAUGCAGACUCAGCUGAAGAGCUGCCUGUGGGCUCUAUGAAAGUGCCUAUCCUCAUCGUCCCCAAGCCCGGGGGCGUCCCCUCCACAGGGAUGGAGUGCCCACCCUUUCAGGACAUUAAGGGGUCACACCACAUGCUGGCGUCGCAGGCUGGAGCAAGGGCGCACUCCCUGGACGACUCCCCGACCAUCAAGCAACGCCUGGCCCUGAAGCUGAAUGACAGGAAAGGCCUGGACUCUGAUUCCGCCAUGUCCCAGUCCUUGAACCUCCUCAGUCCUUACAGCAAAGGCAGCACGGACUCUGGGUACUUUUCCCGCUCAGAGAGCGCAGAGCAGCAGAUCAGUCCUCCAAAUACUAACGUUAAGACGUACGAAGAGAUUAUGUUUGGUCGGACCUGGUACUACCGUCCAAAUACCAGACCCAGGCAGUCCAUCACAGUGGGCAUGGCAGGGGCAGACCCCGGGAGUCUGGCUAGCAUCAAGAAACCAGGAGCUAGCAUAGACAUGGGGAAGAUAGCUGAGGAUCAUAUCUCUUUUAGAGGCGAUGUAGGAGUCUCGGGAGAUCCUAAACAGUACCCAACAGGACCCUGUCAGAGCAGCACAGGACUUUUGGAGCCUCCUUCAGAGUCCGGGCAUCUCAUUCGGAGUAACUCCAUGCCAACUUCCUCUCCUUCUAACCUCAGCGUCCCGCCUGGGAUCCGAGGCAGCCACUCCUUCGAUGAGGUGAUGACUCCAGACGAUGUGUUUUAUCCUCCGCGCAGGCUCAGGAGGCAGAAGGCGUUUGAACAUUCAGCCAAUGAGGCUCACGCAGGAGAGGCCGAGGGUUACGGACACAUGCCCAAGAAUUUAGCUUCUUCUCUGGGUUUACAGAUCGGGGAUCGCAGCCCAGGGGUCCCAGAGCACAUUGCCUAUAGCUCCUAUGGUACUAAAGUUAGCAUGUCAGAAAUCGCCCCUAGAAAACGGAGGAAAGAGACGAGUGUUGGGGACGAAGAGGACAGCCCAGGGCACUGCGACAGUAGCUGUAGUGGUUCUGUGGAGAUGAUCGGGGACUAUGAAUUCAGACAAGUUAGCCUAGAAGGGUCCAGGGCCAACUCCACAGGAAAAGGCUCUCUUCACAGCGCUCACAGCCAGUCGGACAGCUUCGAUACGUGUGCCAGCAUGUGCUCCGAGGACAUCGCUCUGUUUCCUGACUCUGAGGGCAGGAAGGCAGUCGGGAAUGUCAUAUCAGUCAUACAGCACACCAACUCCCUCAGCCGGCCAAAUUCCUUUGAGAAGUCUGAAUCCUUCGAGCAGCCAGGUUAUCAGCCAUCAGAUAAAGCUUUAUCCAGCCAGUACUCUGAACAGUCCGACACAGAGAUCUUUGAAGACGCUCUGAGCCCCGACUCUGCGCUUUUUAGGACAGAGAGCAUGGAGCAGCAGGUUCACAGUGACAGCGACCUGGCCUCGCUCUCGUCUUCAUCGGCAGCAGCAUCGCCCGGCCAGCCUUUUCACAUCCCUCACAAACUAGUCCGACAACCCAACAUCCAAGUUCCUGAGAUUAGGGUCACGGAAGAGCCAGACAAACCGGAGAAAGACAGCGACGUUUCGACGACCAAGGAGCCGGAGAAGCAGCAGCAGCAUAUAGAGGAGUUCCAGCUACCGCAGAGGAGCGACACGCUCGCUCAGAUGCCGUCAGAAAAGCUCCCGCCGAAGAAGAAGAGGCUGCGCCUGGCUGACAUGGAGCACUCAUCGGGAGAAUCCAGCUUCGAGUCGACGUGUACCAGCCUCUCUAGAAGCCCCAGUCAGGAGAGCAACCUGUCCCACUCCUCUUCUUUCUCCAUGUCCUUCGACCGAGAGGAGGGCCUCAAGUCUGCCUCACCCACCAAACAGGAUGACUCCUUGGCGCCUGGCGGUGGACCCAAGCAGUCUGAGUUCCUGACAGUUCCCGGCAGCGGUCAUUCCAGCCACCAUCAGCAGAGAGAGAUGAGGAGGUCUUCGUCUGAGCAGGCUCCCUGCACGCUGCCUACGGAGCUGCCUGAAAUGAGGAGCAAGUCCUUCGACUACGGAAGCCUGUCUCCAUCCAGACAGGGAGAGAUAUACUCCAGUGCCAGUGCCAUGAAGGAACGCCGCCGUGGAUACCUUGUUCGACAGGCGUCACUGAGUGUUUAUCCAGAGGCAGUCACCCAGGAACCAGGCGAGAUGUCAAUCAAACAGGAGAGUUUGGAGCAUGCGGCUUGGCCUGGUCCGACAGGAUCCCCCCACAGCGGCGGUGAUGCAUCCGGCAGAACCAAAAGAGUCGGGAGUGGCACUGGUGUUGUGGGAUCCUUCCAGCACCACCAGCAUGUCCUCCAGCAGAGCAUCAGUGAGGACAGCCUACAGGACGAACCUCUCUACAGCAGGUCCCAGCUCCACCGCCUGCAGACUCAGGGCUCAUCGUCUGAAGGAGAACAUCCAGGUCAAGAGGUCCUGCAUAAAGAAGCCAUCCAGCAGUACCAGAGCGGGCCUCCCUUCCUUUCCUUCCAACAACCAGGUCUCUACUGGAGUCAGGAUGCCAGUCAGACAACCAGGCAGCAGCUGACCCUGCAGGCUCAGCAGCAACUCCAGAAACUCCACAUCAGAUCUCCGGGAAGCAUGCCGGGACACCCACUCCACAAACAAGCACCGCAUCACUCCCUGCAGCAGAUCCCAGAUCAGCAUGAUGGGAAACCUGAAAACCCAGGCUCCCUCAUGUACCCCGCCUCCUUCUCAUCCCGCACCUCUCCCCUGUCCCAGCAGAACUUUGCCUCUCACUCACUGCCAUCUUCAACCAGCGCCACCAUGCUUCUGCAGCAGAUCCAGCCUGUGUUUGCCACCCAGAACCUGGGCUCUCAGGCCUCUCUGCCUGGUAUGCUGGUCCCAGUGCGGAUCCAAACCCACGUGCCAUCCUUUGGUAGUGUUAUGUACACGAGUGUUAGCCAGCUGAUAGCUACCCAUGGACCACAGGGAGUAGGCUCAGGCGGUGUUGAGAACAGCAGCAUGACUUCUCCAGCAGGGUUGAGUGUCAGUAAACCUCCUGGAGGAAUAUUAGGAGGCAUCAGUGGAGCAGGGUUUAACCUUUCACACUUCCUGGGACAGACUGAUGGUGCAGUGCCACAUCAUCCUCUCUGGAAAGCUUCAGAUUCACUGCCAGAGCAGCGGCUGAACACGGGGAUCCCGCUAUCGCUGACUUCAGGCACCAUAUCCACCACGGACGCCUCAGGGUCUGGGGUUGGAGGAGGCAAACGCAUGCUUUCCCCUGCCAGCUCUUUGGAGCUCUUUAUUGAGACGAAGCAGCAGAAGCGAGUAAAGGAGGAGAGGAUGUACGGACAGAUCGUGAAGGAGAUGAGCGCAGUGGAGCUGAGCGGGACUGAAAGCAGCAGUAAGUCAGAGAAGGGCGGCGCUCAGCGAGGUCAUCUGAAGAGCGAAGACUCCAUCGAUGAUUCUGAGAGGAUGGCUUCUUCUCCUCCACUGAGUGACCCACCAGUCACCACAAAGAUCACCAUCCCUGUCCGCUCUGCUGCCCCCCACCCUCCUGACGUCCCCCGCGCUGAAAGCUUCACCCCUCCUCUACAGAUCGUCACAGACCGCUCCCCGGUCCAAGGUGGUCGGGACUCCCCCGAGGAGCUCGACGUGGACGACCCCAUCCCAGAGCCAAACUCUAGCCCCCAGUCCAUGGUGUCAUCCAAUGACACAGACGACCCCGACAGCACGAAGCAGCCCAGUAAAGUCCCAGUCAGCAUGCUGGUUCAGCUGGCCACCAACCAGAGCCCAGGACUAUCCGGAGCAGUGGGCCAGACUCUGCUCCUCACAGACGUCUCCGAUGUCCAGCAGCUGUUCCAGUUCCCCAGCCUGCGCACCAUGAGCCGAGUCAGCUGGUGUUUCCUGAACUACACCAAACCAAACAGCAGCCAGGCCGCCCAGCGAGGCUCCGUCUACAGCUCAUGGAGCGUGAGCUCAUACAACCCCAACCCUCUGAACCUCAGCACCAAGGCAGCGCUGGCUCUGCUGAGAUCCAAACAGAGGAGGAACAGUGAUUUAAUGUUCACCACCGCAGCCUUGUCUCCACCCAGCUCUGGAAAACUGGUGUCAUCUGUGGCCUGGAAGCUGAGGUUUGAUCAGCUGAAACCAGAGCUGAUGCCGGUAGACGCCGGGCAUUUUGGGAGAAAGAUGAAGGGAGUGGUGUCGUGGGAUCGUUCAAAAGAGGAGCAGGUAGAGAAGGAGGUCUCGGUCAAACAGCCCGCCAGUGAACCCACACGCAUCAAGAUCUUCGAGGGCGGGUACAAAUCCAACGAGGACUAUGUUUACGUGCGUGGUCGUGGUCGGGGCAAAUACAUCUGCGAGGAGUGCGGCAUCCGCUGUAAGAAACCCAGCAUGCUGAAGAAACACAUCAGAACACACACCGACGUCCGGCCCUACGUCUGCAAGUUCUGCAACUUCGCCUUCAAGACAAAAGGAAACCUGACCAAGCACAUGAAGUCCAAGGCUCAUAUGAAGAAGUGUCUGGAGUUAGGAGUCUCCAUGUCGUCUGUGGAGGACAACGAGGCAGAUGAAGGAGACGUCGGAGACGACGCCCAGAGAACUUCUGAGAAACUGUCCCGGGCCUCCAUGGCGGAGCAUCAGUUCUCUGACGCCGAUGACUCCGAGGGCGGGGAGGAAGAUGGCGAUGAGGUGGACGACGAAGAGGACGAUGAGGACGACUACGAUGGUGACUCCACCCCUAAGACUCGCUCUCGUUCCACCAGCCCACAGCCGUACGCCCUCCCCUCCAUGUCCAUCACAGCUGUGGCCUCCUCCCACUCUGCUCCUCACCCCUCCUCUGACCUCCUGGGUAACACCAACAGACCUCCUCUGUUCGGGUACUUCACCACCGUGCCCAGCAUUCAGAUCACGCCGCAGGCUCCGCCCACCGACCCAGCUGGCAGGGAGUAUCAGCGAAGCCUGCAGAGGGUGCUGGGGAGCAGGCUCCUUGUUCCUCACUCCUCCUCCUCCAUGGAUGAAGACCUCCCUGUUCUAUCUCCAGAUCUCUCCCCCUCCUCCCGCCUCUCCUCACCUGGACUCGACCUCUCUGGCUGCCCCUCCCCCAUCUCCCCGUCGUCCUCCCCUUCACCUCACCGCUACCUCUCCCCAUGCCGGGAUCUCUCACCCCGAGCCGGACACCUCUCCCCCCGGCGAGACAUCUCACCUCUGCGUCACAUCUCCCCUAAGAGAGACCUGGGGGUGUCGGGAGGGUACAGGCGGGACCUGUCCCCCAGGAGGGGCCACCUGUCGCUGCUCUCCCCUCUCUCUCGGCCCACAUCACCCGCAGGAAGAGACUACAAGAGAGACCUGUCACCCCGGGGCCGCCAUAGGGGGAUGAUCCGGCCGCUUUCUCCCCGCAGAGGGCUCCAUCAGCAUCUCCACCACCAGGGUCCUCAUGGUGGAUCACGGGGCCUCAGGCCGGCUCACCAGGCAGAGCUGGACCCUCUGGGCCGUCACCGAAGCAGCACGGACAUGGAGACGGAACAUCGUCCAGGCUCACCGUCGUCAGGGGACCGGGGCAGUAGCCGUGGUAACCAGUCCAGCCCACCUCACCAAGUGCUGUUCAGUCACCUUCCUCUCCAUUCUCAGCUCCAGGUGCGAUCUCCAUUUCCCAUGAUUCCCAUUGGAGGGAUCCAGAUGGUACACUCCGUCCCCACAGCAGUCAACACACCUCUGGGCCAGCAGGGGGCGCAGCAGAGCACAUCCCGUCUGCUGCUGCAGAAGAGCACGUCAGAGGAGUCGUGCACCGGCGACGCCGCCUCGGCUCAUUUCACCUCCUUCGCUGAGAGGGGGGCUCGAGGAGGAGGGGGAGGCGAGAGGCUGGGGGAGUCGGCCUCGCCUCACCCCUCACCGCUGGAGAGGGAGGGGAGGCAUGAGCAGGAGGAGAGCAUCCACACCUGCACCAAGGCCAUCGCCUCGCUCUGCAUCGACGCAGAGGAGCUCGCCGAGAGAGGUGGAGGAGGAGGAGGAGGAGGAGGAGUGAGAGGGGAAAACACUCCUUUGGCACUGUCCCCUGACCCCCAGCUCCAGCAGCGCUCUCCGUCUCCUCACCCGUCUCCUCACCCGUCUCCUCACCCUUCACCGUCACCCGCCAUUCAGCACUUUAGCAGCCUGGAGCUCAGGCCUCCUCUCCACCCAUCGGUCCCCACCUCCCCUUCCCCCUCCUCCUCUUCCUCCUCCUCUCCUCGCCCUCCAAGCCCCAACCCUGGAUCCGAAAGCCUCCUGCCUGCAUCGUCGUCCAAACCUCUGAAGCUGGAGCGGGAGGCGGAAAGCACAAAGAGGAGCAAAGACGUGUCGUAGGGCUGCAGAGGGAGGCGGCGUCUUCAGUAGAUUUGGGAUAAAAGGAAGGGAUGACGUGCAACAGAGAGAGAAAUAUGACUUGCACACUUUACACACAUAAUCUUCUACUUCAUUUUAUACACUCUCUCUCUCUCAUGCAUUCAAAGACUCCAGUGGACUUCUGCAGUUGUGUGUCCUACAGCAUGCCUGUUGUAAGCAGGGCAACGUUUCUUAUUUAAAGACUUUUAAAGAGGAUCUGUGUACAGUUUUACAUGAACUCAACACCAACACAUGAGCCCGACCAAAACCUGCUAAAAAACAAAAAAAGAAACCAAACAGACUCUGGUUUAAGCGGUACGUCAACAACGGAUCUAAAAAGUCAAAAAUCAGACAGCUAUGUGUGUGCCUUUUCUUUAGUCUUUGGUUGAUUUUUGCUUAUAUUCUUAUAAGCAAACUACACAGGAAGGUAAAUGUAAAUACAUACUCUCAGCUUUGUAAUAAUGCUACUCUCCACCUCCCCCCUUUUUCCUCCCCCAGACUUCCUGUGUUCCUUUUCUCGUUUUGUUAUGGACACCUUAAACGACUCAAGAAGCGAUGUGAAGUUAUGGAUAUGACUAUUAUUACGUACGGUUGCACUAAAACAUAUUUUUAUAUGAGUGAAAUUUUAAAAAAUGGCUUUUUGUGUACAGCAGCGAUUCUAUAAUACUAUUUAUUAUUGUUACCAUGUUUCAUAAAAUUGUACAUUUUUUCUUAAAUGUUGUGGAUGCCUUUUUCUAUGUAUGUAAAGCAUGGGUUUUUUGCUAUCGCUGACAUUAGGGCGAGGAUAUGUACACUGUAAUAUGGCUUUAUAUAUGUUAGACUUAUUUAUAUACGUCUAAGUGACGUAUAUACACAUAGAAGUAAGAUUUAACCAUAAUAUUUACCCAGCAUAUGAAUACAUACAGUAUAAGAUCUAUCAACCUGUCUAUCGAUCUAUCUACCUAUCGAUCUACCUAUCUAUCAAUCUAUCUACCUAUCGAUCUACCUAUCUAUCGAUCUAUCUACCUAUCUGUCGAUCUAUCGCUCUAUCUACCUGUCUAUCUAUCCAUCUAUCUAUCUAUCCAUCUAUCUAUCUAUCUAUCUAUCUAUCUAUCUAUCUGCACUAACAUUUAGAAUGACAUUCACAUUAAGGUUAUGCUUCUUUGCUUGUACAUUUUCUCUGCUAAUCUUCGCCUCUCCCUGCUCGUGAUUUCUCUCGCCUUUUUUUUUUUUUACUCACUUUUCGUGGUUAAAUUUUUGUCCCGAUUUUUACGAGACUCGCUCUCAGCAUUAACUGAAUGAACAUGCCUUUAUUGCACCGUGGCAUUACGCUUCGAUCGUUGGUUUUAACCCCUCGCCCGUCCUCCAUAGCCACCUCCGUUUGACAAACAUCACUCGUUACGCCGACGACUAACUGCUUUACUCAAACUGAUCCAGUUUCAGAGAUCCUCGCGGGGAAAACAUUCCAGUCCAUGUAAAUAGUCGUUCAACUCCCCUAAACUCACACGUUAAGUACAUGUUCUUGGCAUUGAUGCACACUGUUGCCAUGGCAACCAACCCAUCAAACUCUCAUUUAAAGGCUUUAUUUCUCUGGACUCGUACACACCAAACUCUGAUGAAUGCACCUUAUACUUCUCCAGACCUCUGCUACCACGGCCCCAGGUCUCUGGUCAGUUUUUUUGCAGCAAACUUUGAUUGAACUCGUUAAGGAGAACUGUUCUGCGCUCUUAACCCCAGAAUUGUAAUAACCCCUUCAGCAGUUGUGACAUUGAGGCUUUCUGCAAUGCUUUCUGAACCCUGCUGCCAUCCCUCCUCCUCCUCCUCCUCCUCUCCUGGGUAUCUUUUGUGUAGCUAAGCAAUAUUUAGCCAAAACUCUGCUCACCAGCAGGGAAUGUAUUUGUUGCAAGGCAACAACAAUCGUAUUUUAAAUCCUCAAAUCAGGAGCAGAAGGGAGCAGUUUGGGGUUGGGGGUUUUCUCUGUGGGACGGUUUUGGGUGGAGUCGGGCAGGCUGCAAUGUGAGUGUGUACAGUAUCUCUGUCUGUAUCAGUGUGUAUUUGACCAGUAUAUCCUCUUCUUACCACCUUUUUCUAUUUGGAACCUCCCUGUUAUGUACACUUAUCAUGACAACGAUGAUGUCGAAAAAUCUCUUUCUCUCUUUCAAAGAUAUCAAAGCACAAAGUCAUUGUUUAGAGAUGACAACAAGACAAAAAAGGACAAAAAAAAAAGUCAACGUGCAUAUAAAAAGGGUAACGUUUGUGAUGGUGUUCUGUGGAAUUAAUACAAAUAUCAUGUAUGAACCCGGCUGCAACGAGGAGUCGCAGUAAAAGUGGAAUAAAGGAUUGUCGUUUUCAAAUAAAUAUGA